CAGUUUAAUUGAGUUAUAUUCCAGUUUUUUACUUACUGUAUCUGCUUGAGUUUGAUCUCAUUUUUAUGCUUGAUUUUGAAUAUUGAUGAUAAUAUUGUGAAUUCAAUUUGAUGAUUUUGUAUUUUGUUUGAAUUAUACUGAAAUUAGUUCAAGAGAUUAAAUUUCUUUGACAAACUACUCUAAUUCUUUUGAUUAAACAAAAAGUUGAGACUUGAGCUUCUGCUGGACGAACUCUGAUUUCAAUAAAUUCGUCAACUUCAAAUGAAGAAUUCCAAGCUCUCUAAGUGAAAUCUUGAGCUAGAAUUGAUAGUAUCAAUUAUACACGCGGGUGUAUUUAGCUCUAGGUACAACCAAUUCUGUUUUUUACUUAUUCAUACCCCCUCCAAGGAUUAAUAAGGAAUAAUCAAGUCAAGGUCAAUCCUUGAUUUGAUCCUUGAUUUAAUCACUGAUGAUACUUGCACAUUAUACUCAAUAUUCCCCUUAAUACUCUCCUUGAUUCUAGUAAUUUACAUGUAAAUAAUAUUCUCAAUUAUCUUCCCUUAAUUCUCUCCUUAAUGUUAGGCUGUAUAUCUUCUAUUGCUUUUAUUGUAACCGUAUUACUUAGGGUUGUAAUUGUAUAUAAGUUUGGCUUGUCUUUAAUGAAAAUACAACAUUUCUUCUCCAAUUCUCUAUAAGGAUUACUUAGCUCUAAGGUACACUCGGGUGUAUAAUGUUAUCGUGAGGAAAGAGGGUGGAUCAAAAGUGCAAGAUUUUUUUUUAUUUUUUUAUUUUUUUUAGGAUAAAUAGUUGCCCAUAUUAUUAAAUCAUAUCCAAAUCUGCCAAAGUGAUGAGGAUUUGGGGAAAAGGACUCAAGAAUACAUUUUCCACAUUACAACCAGUAUCCCACCUUGCAGCAAGGUGAGCUACUGUAUUACAACUACGUUUCACAUGGGAAAAUGUACAAAGUUCAAAGGGCAAACUAUCUUUUCUAAUAUCAUCAAAAAUAAGGUGAAUAGGAGCUUUUCCACCAUCAUCAAUGUGCACCGCUUUAACUACAUUAAUAGCAUCAGAUUCCACCCACACACGCGAAAAGCCCAAUCGUCUAGCUAGCUGAAGGGCAUAACGAACAGCAAGAGCCUCUGCACACUCUGGAGACGUGGUGUGUGUUCUUGUAGCGACCGUAAGGAGAGAUCCAUUGGCAUCUCUGAUCACAGUCCCCAAACCCGCCAGACCCCCUGCUGGACAGUGGGCAUCUGUGUUGACCUUCACACACCCCUGUGGAGGGCACCUCCACACAGCUGCGUUACCAGGAACAGCAGCAGUACCAACAGGCCUAAAUACUUUGCUAGCAUACUGAUUAUACUCAUGCACGAACUCAGAAAUCCAGCAGCCAACAUUGUAGGAUUAGGCCUAUCGUUCUCAACAAUCUCAAGGUUUCUACACCUCCAUGCUGCCCACAAAAACGUUCCCAUAGUGCUUACUGCCUCGGCAUUAAAUUUGCUGCAUAACCACACCCAGAAAUCUGCAAACAAAGUGCUCGAAGCUCCAGCUAAAUCACUCACAUAUGCACUAAGUGCCCAAAUCUGUUUGGCAGCAUCACAGUGUAACAAAGAAUGCAAAAUGGUCUUUCUUUCUUCCCCACACAGUUGGCAAGAAGCAUCUUGAGUUAUAUGCCUUUGAACCAACCUGUCUUUACAGCAAGGUUCCUUUUUACAGCACUCCAUACAAAAUGCUGUAAUUUGGGAGGCCCCUGAAUUCUUUAAACUGAUCGCCAAAGAGCAUCAUUGUUAGCCUGAUUUUGCUGUUCAACACCUCCUAAUUUUGCUAGCCAAUACCCAGAUUUUACCGUGUAUACACCCUUCUUUAGUAACCGCCAGAACAUAGCAUCAGACUGGGGUCGAGACGAGAGCGGAAUAGACAGAAUACAAGCACAUAAAUCCUGUUGAAAAAGGCUAUUGACCCUCUCAACAUCCCACUCCCUCAUACCAUCCCUAAACAACUCUUCCACCAACACAUCUUCAUUCCCUCCGGUAGGCAUCGUAGGAAAAAUAAUUCGGCCCUCCAUACAUAGCCAUGGUUCUUUCCACACCUUAAUGACACUACCAUCUCCCACUCUCCACAUCAACCCAUCUUUCAAGAGACCUUUUGCCCCCCACAUACUUCUCAUGAAAAGCUAGGGUCGUACCCCCUCGAAGCAUCUAGAAUUGAUGACCGUUUAAAAUAUUUUGCUUUGAAAAUUUUGUGAAGCAAUGUUCCAUCAUUCGUGUACAAUCGCCAAAUCUGUUUUGCCAAGAUAGCUUGGUUAAAACAUUUAAGAUCUCUAAACCCCAAACCCCCUAUUGCCUUCGGAAGACACAACUUUUCCCAACUCUGCUAAUGAAGGUUUUUUGCAUUCUCUCUAGAACCCUACUAGAAACAACAGAGGAAAGUAUGAAUAUCAUCAAUUAGACCAUCGGGGAUCCUAAAAAUGCUCAUCAUAUAUGAAGGAAUGACUUGGGCAACGACCUUAAUAGGUACUUCCUUACCCGUAACAAUCUCUCCUUCCAUCCAUUUAAUUUCUUCCAUAUUCUUUCCUUCAAGCACGCAAAUAUGGCCUUUUUGGAUUUCCUGAUGAUAGUUGGCAACCCCAAAUACUUUUCGUGUUUCUCCACUUCCCUAACACCAAGAGUGUUUAUAAUGGCACUCACGAUCCACAAUAACACAUUUACUAAAAGCAACCUGUCUUACUCAAAUUGACUUUCUGACUAGAUGCUUUUUCAUAUGUACGGAGAAUUUCAGCAAUUUUCGAACGUUUCUGCAGAGUAGCUCUAGCUAAUAAUAUACUGUCAUCGGCAAAAAAUAAAUGUCACACUCACGGAGCAGAUUGGCAAAUUCUUGCCCCAUGUAAUUUCUUCUCAUGAGCUGCUUUUGAAAUUAAAAUUAACGCAGAGAAAGCAUCAACACAUAAUAGAAAUAAAUAAGGCGAAAUCGGGUCACCUUGCCUAAUACCUCGGUCAGAACCACAAAGCCAUAAAUCUCACCAUUCACCUUAAAAGAGAACUGCAAAUCCAGUUGUUACAGAAACCCAUAUUCAGCAUCACUUUCUAAAAAAAAACACUCCACCCUAUCAUAGGCCUUACUCAUAUCAAGCUUGAGUGUUACCGUGCCAUGUCGACCUUCACCUCGUCAUUUCAUAGAAUAAAAGAUCUCAAAAGCAAUCAAAGCAUUGUUAGUUAUCAAUCGACCCGAAACGAAUGCAUUUUGAUAUAUAGAAAUAAUAUCAUUGAGAAACGGCUUCAAUUUAUUCGCCAUUGUCUUUGAUAUUAUUUUAUAGAUUACAUUACAACAACUGAUAGGCCUAUAGUCAUAUAUUUGGGUUCAUUAAAUUUCGGAAUAAGUACAAUACGGAAAAAAGGGCAUGCAUACCGCCGUUCCUAGAGCUUUGUUAGGGUGUAUCUGGAACAAUGCUUGCUUAAUCUCCUCCGGGCUAGGUUCAGCAUCAAGCACAUUGUUCAUCGACUCUGUAACAACACUAUUUAAACGGCCAGACGUGAAGAGUGUCGAAAAAUAGUCAGUUACAAUAUUGCUGAUUUGCUUCUCAUCAUCUCUCCACACCCCAUUCGAAUCGAAUAAGCCAUCAAUGCGAUUUUUCUUCCUUCUUUGGCUAGCUUUUCAGUGGAAAUAAGCAGUAUUUUUAUCACUAUCUUUCAUCUCAUUUUCCCGGGGCCUAGCGUACCAAUAAGAUUCCUCUAACCUUUGGAGCUCACCCAAGUCUUCAGCUAAUUUAGUACGCUAUCACACGAGCAUCAACAUGGCCCCCCGACCACACUAGUACACUCAUCAUUCGAAAGCCACAUGGCUUCGAAAUGAAACAAUUUGCCCUUUUUACCUCUGUCAAAAUAAUAAUUCAGCGUAUCAAGAAUGAUCAGAGAGUGAUCAAAUUCUUCCCUCACCGUGUGUUGCACUGAGAAAUUUGGGUGCAUUUCACACCAAGCAUCAUCAUGAAUGACAUUAUCAGCAAAAUUGCCCCAUUGCCAUGUAAAUUUAUUUCCUCUAUACCCCAAGUCACGCAAUCCAUAGUAAUCAAUGACAUUUCUAAAAGCAUCCAUCAAAGACUCCCUUCUCACUACGCCCCCUUCUUUCUUAGACAUACUCACGAUCUCAUUAAAAUCACCAAACAUAAUAAAAGGGGUAUUACACGCAUCUUUUAGAGACUUCAUAAGCUCCCAAGUCAUAUGCUUAUUCAUACUCUCCGGCCAUCCAUAAACACCUAAAGCUCUCCAACAAGGAACACCAUCCCUAUUACACACAUCGACAACAAAAUGGUGUGUCGAAUAGGAAAUGAUGUUAAUAUUCGUAUCACGCCACCAAAAUCCCUUACCUCUCGAUCACCCGUUACUAUUAACACAAAUUCCAUUCUCAAACCCACAUCUCCUUUUAUUCUCUCCAAAACGUCUCUAUCAAUUUUUGUUUCCAUCAGAAAUACUACAUUCGGCCUCUCCCUGCAACACAUAUCGCGGAGGGUCCUCUCCGUCCUAGGGUUGCCAAUCCCUCGGACGGUCCGGCUGAAGAGUUUCAUUGCUGUUCGGGGGUAUGGUUCAAACCAUCACCCCCUAUUUGGUUUUACUGUCGCCAGUGCCAACAUCAACAUCUACCUCCGUUUCUCAGAUCCCACAUCUAACUCUGCAUCAAACACAUUUAUCUUAUUUUUUGCCAAACUCAAACCUCUGCCAGCCCCCUUUUAUCUUAAUUCCCCACCCCAUUGUAACUCUCAUCCAUCCUAGUCACCCUUCUCCACUUACCAAUCAUUCAACCCUCCCCCUCUUUAUUGUUUUUUAAUGCCACUUCCUCCCUCAUGUUCGUAUUCCCCCCCCCCCCCCCCCACUUUCACUCUUUAACCACCCUCCCUUAUUACACCUUUCAUCAUUCACGCCCUCACCCACAAACCCACCGGUAGCAUUCUCCUUACCGUACUCCACUAAAUUCCCCACUUUAGAAGUGGCAUCAUUCUCGUAUUCACAUCACAGAACAUUUCUAUUGCUAUGAGGGUCAUAUACUCUAGCUAGAGUAACUUCCCGCUUCUUCGGUUGCAUUUCAAUGUCAGGCUCGCUUGUUGGUUUAAACAACAGCAACAGGCGCCAGCUUGAUGUGCUUUGUAUUGCUAGAGAUCGAGCAUCCCCCUCCACGAAUGGCACCCAACUUCCGAGGGCUUCAUCGGAGAUGCUCUAAGCCAAGCACCAUAUUGAUUGACAAUUUCACCUACUGACUCACCGUCAUCCUUUGCUCAUUGUGAUCAAAUCUCCCACAAAAGAAACAAAAAUCUGCAAGUCUCUCAUACUUUAUGUCCAUCCACUUCGUUUUAGCACCAUCACCAGCAAUAAAUAUACCACGUCUCAGUGGUUUACGAACAUUCACCAUUAUCUUCAUACGGAGAAAUUCACACCAUCCUAGCGGGUUUGAAUCAUCAAGUUCUACAAAUCCCCCAAGGGUUUCACCAACUUCAUACAUAAACGAAGCACUCCGCCAAUUAAAAGGUAUAUCAAAAAUACGAAUCCACAUCGGAGAAUUGAGGAAUUCAACCUCAGAUGGUUGCUCUCCUCCCUAUAUUUCCUUCAGUAGCAACAACUUACCAUCAAAGAACCAUGGCCUACCCUGCAUAAUCCUCUCCUUGUCCUCCAACUUGAAGAAUUGAAAGACAAAGAGGUUUGUAUCCACCAUAUUAAUUGCGAUAUUAUCAUUUAGCCUCCAGAUCGGCGUGAGAGUUCUUUUCAUUGCCUCAACGCUGAAAGUCUUCACCGUCCAUAGUUUACCCACAAGCACUGUCCAUAGUUUGGUCCUUCGAUGAGCCUUUGACAUCGGUCCCACCAUCAUUCCCAAUCACAGCACUUUCUUCAUCUGUCAACUUGAAUUUUUCCCGGUCCUUUAUUAAUUCAGAAUCCAUAUUGCAAAUCAACGAGAAAAUCCGACCUUCAAUGUAAAAAUCCCAAGAAAAAACGAGCACAAACGAUCACAAAACUACCAAACCCUAGCACAAGGGACGACAAAACCCUAGCACGAGGGAUGAAGGAAAAUUUCUAGUCAUUUAGUGCAGGAUUGCUAGCUUUAUUUAAAUAGGGCUGUUUAAAUAAUUAAAUUAUAGUCUUGGCUAUUUACAAUUUCACGUCGUGUUUAUUUAGUUAGUGCUUGAUGGACUAAUGAAAGGUUAUGAGUUACAAAAGAAGGUUUGAAUUCAAGCAAGAAUCUAAGGAAGUACCUCUGAAGUCAAUGCGAUUCUUGCAGAUUAUAUAGAGAACAAUUUACUAAGAUUGCAGAUUAAAUUAUUAAGUAAAAGUGUGCUUUAGCAGUAUUUAGUAAGAAUACUUUUAGGGGGUGGAUUAGCUUGAAAGAUGAUGUUAUAUCACUUUGUGAUUAGAUGCUAGUAGAGGAAUGAGAUGAUUAGGUAAUCCUUUUUUUUAUGACAUGAUUAAGUAAUUGAUUUUUUUUUUUCAUUGUUGAUUAUGGUAAACUAAUACGAAGUGUAUUUGUAUUGCAAUCUUACUACAAGAAUGGAUGAGCAAGUGGCAAAGAUGGCUGAUAAUCCUUCUUUGCUUCCUUCUUUGCUUCCUUCAGAGCAACCCCCCUGAGAUACUCUCAAGUCGUAUUGAAAUAGAUAUGGAGAACUUAGAGAAGACAGAUGAUCUUCCUUUGGAAUUAGUUAUUCAGAUACUCUCAUGUCUGCCCGUUAAACUUCUGUUACGUUUCAAGUGUGUUUCCAAGUCAUUGUACAAUGUAAUCAACAGUCCACACAUUGUCAAACUUCAUCUAAGCCGAUCCCUCCAAGCACACUCGGAUGGGACCCUAAUUGUUUUUGGAUAUACUUGUUUCCAUACUUUUAACUUUAAUGGUUCCCCCUGUCAUGCCACCAAACUUUACCACCCGGAUAACUUUGAUUAUCUUCGGAAGUUGGUUGGAUCAUGCAACGGCUUACUAUGCUUCUCAUGUCAAGCUGACGAGGUUGCUCUUCUCAAUCCUGCCAUCCGAGCCUGCAAACAUUUGCCAAAAGUCACGUUGACAAAUAUGUCCAUGGAAUUGUGUACUCUACUAGGAUUUGGUUAUGAUUGCAUUUCUGAUGAUUAUAAAGUUGUAAGGUAUGCAAGAUUGCGGGAGCCAAGUCCUUUUGCAGCUGUUCGCAACAUGCCUGUUUCUGGAUUAGCAGCGUCGCCAAAGUGGGAAACACUUCUCUACAGUUUUAGAACUAAUGCAUGGGAAAGCAUUCAGAACCCCCCUUGGACUUGGGAGACUGUUAUAUUAUCCCCUGGUAUUGUGGCUAACAUCUCCUUGCAUUGGAUGAGUUGUGAUUUUAAAGAGGUAAAAUGUUUCCAUCUUUUCAGCCAAAGUUAUUAUGAGAUACCUCUUCCUGGGAAAAUUAGUCCUGGUUAUAAACCUACAUUGUGUGUUUUGAAAGGACAAUUGUGUGUUGUAACAUUUUAUCUAGAUAUAUGGAUACUAAAGGAUUAUGAUGUGCAAGAUUCUUGGACUCGACUGUUUCGUUGUCCUUCAGUGCAUUGGAACAGUUUAUAUAAUUCCUUGUGUAGAUGGAAUUUGGGCCUCAGUGUUGCUUGCUCAAAGGAUGGGAGCAAAAUCCUACUAGCACUGAUGGGAGAUAGAAAGAACUUCAUUUGCUGCGAUUUAAAAUCGAAAGAAGCUAGGAUGAUUCAAAUCCCUGGUUUACCACCCCACUUUUCUGCUAUACUCCCAUGGGUGGAAUCUCUUGUACCCUCGUCAGGUGAUGUGAUGAACUAAAGGGAAGAUCGGAAAAGCUGUGUGAUUUGUAAGGGAAAUUUAUUGCUGAUACAUGUAUAUCAUCCUUGAGGAUCAGCUGACAAGGGCUGAUGAUGCACACUAGGGAGAAUCGAGUUGGUCUCUCAGAAGUCUGGUCUGUAUUUAUCCUUGAAUGCUUUCCUAAACUAUUCGCCGCUGCAUUAGUGACUUUUUUUUUUUUUUUUUUUUUUUUUUUUUUUUUUUUUUUUUUUUUUUUUUUUUUUUUUUUUGGACACACUGCAUUAGUGACAUUAGAUCACACUUUUUGUGGAUGCCAACUAUAUAAUAUGGCUUGUUUGUUGUUUUAUUUGGUUCCCGACUUGUUCAUAAAUGUAAGUUCAAUCUUAAAUUCAGUAAUAUGAAGUGCAACUUAUGUUAUUAUUUUAAGGUGAAGUGAACCGGGCUUAUGGCUAUGUUCUAUUUACCUUA